AUGGCGACCCCAACGCCCAUGAGGCACGCGCCCUCGCAGCAGGGCCGCACACCGUCGCAUCAGGGCCCGACGCCAUCGCAGAUUGCCGGAGCCACGCCUCCCAUCUCGACGCCCUUCUCCAAUCCCGCCCAGGCCGCAUUCUCGCCUCGCGGACAGCGCUCGUCGCCUCAGCAAGUUAAGAAAUCGCCAGCCACGUCGACGCUGAUGGGCCAGUCGGGCAUCGGCGCUCUGAACUUCGAUAGCCCCUCGACUGCUGCCGCCAUGGGGGCACUGGGAAUUGGCGGUAGUUUUGAUAUGGGCCUCGAUCAUGUCGGCGGGCUGGACACGCUGGGCGUGUUUGCUACUGAGGAUGACAAGCUUAAGAGGCUGGAUAACAUUCUCAAACUCUUGAAUCAGAAGAAGGGCUUCGUCAGCGAAGCUGGCCUGGAACGACUUGCUCAGCGCCUCGGCCUCGAACUACUCUCCGAAGAACACACGGCGGCGGACGGACGGAAGACGAAGACACUGGCAAUUGCAGGCUCUGCCAUUGCCGUCGACAUUGUACUCGACAACAACAUUGUCCAAAACGUAUCACUAACUUACCAUGGCUCAGCAACUUCAGUCGCCGCGCAUAUGGAGUCGGCUAGCCAUAUUCUACUAGCAGACUUGAAGCUCGGUCCUAACCAAAGCCCCCUGACAAAGACUCUGGACAAGUUCGCCUCCAAUUUUGGGUAUAUAGCCAACCUGGACAAGCUCAGCGUCAUCCCAGGCCUCGACUGCUAUGAGGCCUUGGCGGGCAUCUUUACAAGCUUGGAUAGACUGCACCAAUGGGAUCUCUCAAACCUGCGGAAAGAGCCGGAGGUGGCCGGCAAGUCGGAUCAGUACUUGUCUCUGACUGCAUUGUGUACGAGACACGGCUAUCCUGUCAUGCAUGCACGAAACAAGGUCGGCCUCGCUUUGCAGUACUGGAAGGAACUGAGAUUCGUGCCGCCUUCCGACGACAGACUGGCAUCGUUCUCGGAGAACGAGGAGAAGGUCUGGUCGCUUCUGAUUGGCUGCGCGCCCAUCGAAUCACUCGGCAUGUCCCCCGUGAGAGUGUCUGAAGACUGGAUCUCCAAGGAUGUGGUCAAGCAGGAUCUCCACCAGCAGGACCAAGCACUGAACCCUACCAACAUCCCCAUCCUUGAUUGGCAGGAGCCAGAGAACAUUUCGCUUCCAUCGUCGGACGGGAAUAAGAACAGCGGCAUGGAGGUGCUUAACAUGCAUCUCUCGACUCUACCUCAAGUGACGUUUACCGUCACAUUCGACCCGCCCGUCAUCCUUCCGCAGAACGACUGCAUGAGGCUCUACUCCUAUGUCAACUCCACGCCGCCUAAUCCGAAUCAUUCAAACGACUUUGGUCAGCGACCUCUCCCUCCGCCGACGUUUGAUGACCUGUUCUUCCCCGUAUCUGCAGGCAGCAGGCAAGACCCCAGUGAACCUCGGACGGUUACACGCCUGCGGGACGUUCUUGUUUUCGACCAGCAGGGGCAGUCCUUCACCAGGAGUCAUCACAAUACCCUUUUUGUCUAUAAGCCAAUCUAUUCUCAGGAAGUCACUGAGAUGUCCUUUUCGCAUCCACGCCAGCUCAUUGACAUGCUUCCUCUCCUACGGCAGUAUGCUUUCUUGUCUAUAUUGCUGAACAAUAGCUUUGGGCCAGGAACAAAGGAGGCCUUGCCAAGGCCGGCCAAGGAUACGAGUGCUCCUCCUGCUACCACACAAACGAUCAAGGAUGAACUAGCAGCGUUCCUGGAAUCGAGCGAUGAUGAGGAUCUCAACAACGGGAGGAAGACCGGCAAAGACAUGGACAUUGAUGUCAUAAUAUGGGUUCAUCCAUUGCCAUAUCUACAAGUCGUCUUCCCCGUCAAAAACUCCACCAUUGACAUUACCCUUCGCAUUCUCGAAGGCGGCGUUGUGGAAAUCGUCAACGAGAACGUUGUUGAACACCAAGUUGCGAGCGGGAGGAGCAAGGUGCUGAAUAGGCAGGAUCUUGGAAAGGCGCUUGAACGGCUGGAGGAUCUGUGUAAGUGGGCUGAAUGGAUACGCACGCGCUUGUGUUGA